CCAUUUCUUUCUUUCUCAAGCAGCCCAAAAUCCUGCGUUUCUUCUCCCCGUCUUCUUGCCCAUCUUCUUCCUAAGCAAAUUGGAAAAUCCCUACCGUCUAGUCACUGGCCGUCUUUCUCCCUAACUGCUUCAAAGUAGAAAAGCACAACUCGGCCAACAAAAAGGCCAAAAUCCCAUUUCUCCUUCUGUGUGUCUCCUUCCUUUUCUCUGAUUUUUUUUUUUUUUUGUCCUUUUUUGGUGUUUCUGCUACUAAUUUGGUGGUGAUGAAUGAUGAUUAUUGGUUAGUACUGUGAGUUGGUGAGAGAGUUAACCGAAAAUCCCUUCCCAUUCCUUGUCUUCUUCCAGAUUUGGACCGUGUGACAACCGCCAACGACCACCCAGACCAUUGUGAAAAUCCUCGCCUUUUCCUUGAAAAUCACUAAUUGCUGUUACUUAUCGUGAGACGACUGCAAAGAGCUUGAGGAUCUAGAUACAUUUCCAAUGGACCCAUUAUCACCAAGAUCUACAAAGCCACUGCCAAUAAGGUCCCAUUGCUCCCCUUUCUUUUCUUUUUGAUUGAAGAUUUUUUGAAGAUUUUUGAUUGAUUAUUACUGUUUCUUCUUUUACUUCCUCAUGUCAAAUCUCUGUAGAUUGUUGUGUCCUGUACUCUGCCAUUGUUUUCGCAUUUUUCUUUUGUUUUUCCACAUUUUUCUUCUGUUUUUAACUUGUUUCUAUUUUUGGAUAAUUAGCUUCAUGGGUUUGUGGCAAAGAAUUGGUAAAUCGUGAUGCUUGUGUGCUCUGCCUCUUGGUCACAAUAACUUUUUCUUCUUUAUUGAAAUAAUUUUUGUUGUGAAGAAAGCUGAGGAAAGGUGGAGAAGAGUAGACUAGAAUAUUGUUUUUUGGUCGUUGCUGAAUUAGUCAAAUCAAUUCUAGUGCUACUAGAUUAUCUUCUUCUUCUUAUUUUCUUUUUUUAAGUAAUUUAAUUCAUAUUGAUUAGAGGAGAAUCUAUACUUUAUUUCUUACGUUCUCCCUGAUUUCGCUUAGAAGAAUGCAGUCCCUAGCUGUGGUCGCUUGUUGUGGUGUGUGGCAUAAGAUGUUUUUUGGUGCCUAAUUAUGUCAAUUGCAGUAGUGCUCUGUUUUCUGAUAUUUAUGUUCUGGAAUCCUAUUAAGUUGUAUUUAAACUUAGUAAUUAGCAUGAAUUUGAAGGUUGUUAUUCAGAUAAUUUUUUCUGUUGUGAUUAUUAAACACUUUCACCUUCU